UGUCAUUCUUUCUUUUUAUACUGUGCUCAGGCAAAUCUUGGGUGUUGGGCUUUUUAGUUAUUUUUGAAAAUGUUGGUCGAAUUUUGAGCGAUUCUUCCGCCUCUGCUUUUAAAACUAGGCGAUUCUGUCACCGAAGUAUUAUCUCUCGGUUUCUUUUCUUUCUUUGGUUUGCUUUUUUUUUUUUGAUUUGGCACCGGUCUCCUCGCGUUCUCAGAAGGCACAGUGUCAGGCGUAGUGCGAACACAGUGAGGGUGGCCGCAUUUUUUUUUUUUUUGCUUUUCUUCAAUGCAUGUUGGCGUCUGGGAUUUGGUAUUCGUAAGCGUAGCGCAAUGAGUUCUGAUAGCGUUCCGUCCAAAUCGGAGGUCCUGGGCUGGGAUUCACAGCGCUUGGCAGACUUUCUGAAGAAACGGAAUCUUGCCGGGUGUGAUAAGGUCGUGACACGGCAUAACAUCAAUGGACAAAGAUUUCUGAAUAUGUCUGACAAUGAUCUUCAAAAGUUCCCUAAGGUUCAUGCGCCGCUCAUCUCCAAGAUCUGUCAAGAAAUCAGCAAACAGAAGAAGAAGGGAUUAUUUCCGUCGAUUCCAAGCAGGCCAUCACCGGCUCCCAGCUACCCACAACCACCGGUUGAUCACCAUGAGAAUCAAGCAUGGGACUCUGAAGAGUUUGAGAGUGAUGAUGACUACGAGAAUCCUGAUUCGAACGAUGAAGGAGAAGCUAGCGGUGGAGACUAUGAGUCUCCAGAGGAGGGGUCGGACAGCGAUAACAGCUACGAGCCUCCACCAUCCGAGCCGAAUGAAGACGCGGCCCAGAUCUGCCCCGCAAAACCCAUGGAAAACAGCGAUUACAUUGAUAAUAACCGCACACGUGUAGCGAGCAGAAGUCAACCGCCUGUCCCCCCGGAGCGCCCGGGCCCCGGACCCCCUCCCGUAGAGCGGCCAAGCGUUGUACUACCUGUGAGAGAGGAGCGGCACCUUAAAAGACCCCCAGGACCUGCUGUGGACCGCAGCACGAAGCCAGGAGCUCUGGACAGAGGCCAACCUCCAGCUGUAGCAGGUGGAAGAGGCACAUGCUCGCUUGACAGAGCUGGCCAACCGCCAAGAAGACUCCCUGUGCUGGAGCCACCAGCAGACCCAAUGAGAAUUCCCAAACCCUUACUUCCUCCAUCAGGGGUGCGCAGAAGCGCCUCGUCUGUCACACCAGGCUACUCUCAAAACAGACAUCCUGACUACAGAAAAGAGUUUCACGACGACAUUUCAGCUCCCAGGCACAACUCCAACACAUUCCCCCUGCACGCCAGAAACCCUUCACCCAGACCGCCAGGGACCCACGGAGCACCCUAUCAGACAGACAAUGUUCACCCCAGUCGAUCACUACCGGCGCAGCUGCAGGAGGCAAUGAGCGAUCGCCGAAGGAGCUCGAGAGCGCCGCCUCCUCAAGCAGACGCGGGCGGAAAGAAGGACAUGGAUCCAGCUUGGUAUUUGGGUCAGGUCUCCCGCGGUCAGGCAGAGAGCUGUCUGAGAAGAGUUAACAGGGACGGGACGUUCCUUGUGCGAGACAGUUCGAAUCGAUCUUCAAACCAGCCCUACACACUCGUGGUCCUGUACCAGGAUAAAGUUUACAACAUUCAGAUCCGCAGGAAUCACGACGGGUUUAUGCUAGGCACUGGUCUAAAAUCCUCAGAGGCUUUUGAGCGGGUCAGUGACAUUAUCAACCAGCACAAACACACGCCUCUCCUUCUUAUUGAUGCUAAGAACCGAGAGGCAGGCCAACAGAAUCAGUGUGCUCUGAUGUAUCCAGCUGGCUAUUAAACCUUUAUUCUACAUGAGACUAACUUAGUUAUUUUCAGCUAUUACAUUUCAUUCAGGGUUUUUUUAUUUUUAAAUCAACACACAUUUCAUAACUGUCAAAAGGUCUAAAAAUAUGACUCCGGUAGUCCGUGCGUUACAUAGGCCUACGUUUUUGAAUGCAUAGCUACACUGAAUGCAUUUGAAUGCAUUCCACAGCACCGAAUAUGUGUUCAUAUAUAUAUAUAUAUAUAUAUAUAUAUAUAUAUAUAUAUAUAUAUAUAUAAAUAUAAAUCAGUACUUUAUUAAUAUUAGGACCGUUUUCAUUAUUUCUCAAACCAAACCCUUUGUCUUGUCAGUCGUUCCAGGUGUUGAAGUGUUUAUUUGUUAUUUGCCCGAUGGUGAAAUAUGAACUGUAUAUUGACACGCAAUAAAGAUUUUAUAAUUCAA